AAUGUGGAUAUCUGUUCAUUGUCCCACAGGCCUCCAGAGGUAGACCUGCCGCUGCAUAACCGCGCCCCCUACAUCACCAACUCAGACGCUCCCACCUCGGCCGGGAGGCCCAAGAAGAGACGAGCUGGUCGGCCGCGACGCGCCGACGGACAAGACUACGAGACCGACUACAACUCGUCAGGAGACGAGCUGGACGACCACGACUUCGACGGUGAAUUUCCUCCGAUAGCGAACGAGCCGGAGCGCAACGACUACAAGCGUCAGUUUGACCACGACCACCAGGAGUACAAGGACCUGCAGGCGGAGCUGGACGGCCUCAACAACAGUCUGUCGGAGGUGGACCGAGAGCUGGAUGACCUGCAGGAGGGCAGCCCCCAGUACCUGGAUGCUUUGGACGAGUACAACAGGAUUAAGAACAUUAAGAAGUCUCCAGACUAUCGGGUGAAGAAGCGCAGGUGUAAAUAUCUGAAGUCCAAACUGAACCACAUCAAGAAGAGGGUCAGCGAUUACGACCGCAAUGCUUGAAGGACUCGGGACACAACGGACUAAAUGAGCCUUUACAGACAACAGCAGGACGGAGCUUCCGUGAUCAAACACCAACCCGUCUGUCAGAGCUGGUGAACCACUGACGCGGUUGUUUCCUGUUUUCUCUCCCGUGUGAUGUUUGUAUUAUGAGUGUCGCCUGCCAUAGACGCUGUAAUAUGUAUUUAUUUCUGCCUCAUGUUUUCUGAAAUGGUCUCUUAGUGGAGUGAACACAAAUCAAGACAUAAUCCCCGUUUGUUUUUAACAGCUCUUGUUACGAUGACUCAGCAUGAGAUGCUCAUUUUUUAAUCCUUUCUCAGCGAUUAUAAACUUGUAAAUAUGUGGGAAACAUUUUAAUGUUUUUAGCAUGUGUGUUUCUUUAUGGAUGGUAGAACAGACACUUAAUGCCAUGUACUUUUUACAAUAAGGUGUGAUAGCUUUUUAUUGAAAUAAAUUCUUUUAUUGAACA